UGAGUUAUCAUUCAAUGAGUUUAUUCAUUCAUUCGCAUGGUAUAGGAUGCUGAAGAAUAGAUCAUUUCUCUAUUGCUGAGGAGCAGUUGUGGCCAAUUUUUGGUACAGUUUUGACUACACCAUGUCAAGAUGGAACUUGGAUGACCCCGAUUUCUUUGAGGAGAUUGUUCCCUUUGGGAGUGAAGUGGAUGAUGAAGAGGAAGAAGAAGGGUUUCUGACCUGCACAUGCUACGGACGUGGGAAAAAACUGAGUGAGGUGGAUGUUCCUCGUGUACCCCAACUACAUUUACAUAUUGAGAAGCAGAAGUACUUUGAAAAAUUAAGAGCAACAGAUGACCCAACCUCCAGGAAGGUGGGGAGGGGUAGAGCCAGAAUCCGACACAAACUGAGCAACAAUGAGAAACCCAGUGUCGGACAAUCACAGGGUCUUGAAGAACAAAAUAAAGCCAAGGAUUCUGAGGAACUGCUUAUUUCUUCCAGUGGCAAAGAACAGGAUUUGACACCACUGGAAAACAGCGAGAAGUUUAAAGAAAGGACCAAGAAAUCUCAUAAAAGACCUAAACAUAUAAUGAACUGUGUUGUAAGUUACGAUAAAGACGGAAAUCCCAUCAUUAGCACAGACGAUAGAGCUGGAGAAAGGGAAAAUAAAACAAAGAAGGGAGGGAUCGAGGACUCGACGGGACAGAAUACAAACGACGCGGAAGACGUGAUAGCGAAAAGGGAAAAUCAAGAUGAAAAACACGUAGAGAUUCCGGUGAAAGAUAGCAACAGCGAGGACAUUCAAAAAAAGGAUGAGAAUCACAAAAAAGAUACAUUAGUUGACAAAGCUUUUAAAAUGGACACGUUUGAACAAAAGAUAGAGAACAAUGAACAAAAGAUGAAAGAAGAACAGAAAACAAAUGUCCGCCCUUCAUCAAAACAGAAUCAUUCUUAUAAAAAACCUCCUCGAUUCAUUAAGAAAGAAAUGGAAGAAUUGCAGGCACAGCAGAAAAUGGAAAAUACAUGUACAACUAUACAGUCCUCUAACAAGCCUCUUGCAGAAACAGAAAACCAUUCAGUUUUACGAUCACCUAAAAAGACAUCAGAGAAAGAAGAUUCGGUUCCAUAUUUACCACCGUCCUCUAUAGCUUCGGAGAAUUCAAGCAUACCCAAUUAUCCAGUAGUUUCUGUGAGCUCUCUCAGCCAAACUGACGCUGUGGUACCCCCAUACACUUCGGUGAAAUCAAGCAUGUCCACUACUCCAGUCGUUUCUUCGAGCUCAGUCAGCCAUACUGUGGUGCCCCCUUACAUUCCAUUGACUUUGCCAUACUGUCCAGACUACAGUUCUACCUACUGGCUACAAUAUCAUAUGGCACAUGGUGUUCUGAACUCCAAUACACCAACAUCAAAUACCAAUCCACACACAUGUACACAGACUACUAUAUCAUGUGCACCAAGUUUGCAACCCUACCAGACAUAUCAAGGGUUAUCUAGUACUGGGUCCUCAGCUCCUUUUGUUCCGAAUCCACCAUCUUCAGUUUUAGGGCCCAAAGAAUCUACUUUUAAUCCUAGUGUACCACCACCGCUGUCUGCUGUUGGACCACCUCCUAGUACACCCAACAUCCCUCCUUUUCGGUAUCCAGUCAAUGUACCACCUCCUCUUUCUGCCGUUGGACCACCUCCUAGUUCACCUACAAUCCCUCCUUUUCGGUAUCCAAUCAAUGUACCACCGUUUCCGCAGUAUAUACAGACAUUGCAACAACACGCAUAUCCCCAAAUGCAAACAAAUAUGCCAUCUCAAAAUUACAAUUUGUAUUUUCUUCCUGUUGCCUGUCGUCCGUUGUUUCAUCCAUUAACAAGAUAUCCUUGUCAAAACCAGCCAGUGUCUAUGGUAGGAUAUUUGAUAAAUUCCAGUGCACAAGCGGGAAUGGGGAAUACUUCGCGAACACCACCGCCUUUUUGCACUGCAGUUUCUCCAGAUACCGUAAGGACCGAAUCUUUAACAAGUGGAAACGUCCGAAACGAUAAUAUUCCUCCUCCUGGUAAUGCUGAUUUAUAGGACAAAGAUAAAGAGUGUUCCACCAGAUCAAGUUAUACGGUGGUGUCGCUGAUAUUUCUCUGCAUGGCUCUGAUGCAGUUGGUCGUCUUUUUGAUUGUCAGGAGCCAAAAACUUAAAGAAAAGGUUACAAAAUUUACAGAUCA